CGGGUCGCGGUCAGCUGCUGCAAGCGGACGGGCGGGUGCGGCGAGCUGUGGGCGGCUGCCGUGUCUCCGGCCGCCGCCCUCCCUCCGCCACGAUGCCGGGAAUCGACAAGCUGCCCAUCGAGGAGACGCUGGAGGACAGUCCGCAGACAAGGUCUUUACUGGGUGUAUUUGAAGAAGAUGCUACAGCUAUUUCCAACUAUAUGAACCAGUUGUAUCAAGCUAUGCUGAGGAUUUAUGAUGCACAGAAUGAAUUAAGUGCAGCAACACACCUGACUUCAAAGCUUUUAAAAGAAUAUGAAAAACAGCGUUUUCCUUUGGGGGGUGAUGAUGAAGUUAUGAGCUCUACUUUGCAACAGUUUUCAAAAGUUAUAGAUGAGCUUAGCUCUUGUCAUGCAGUACUUUCAACACAGCUUGCUGAUGCCAUGAUGUUUCCCAUUACCCAGUUUAAAGAAAGAGAUCUAAAAGAAAUACUGACGUUAAAGGAAGUGUUUCAGAUUGCUAGUAAUGAUCAUGAUGCUGCAAUUAACAGAUAUAGCCGGUUGUCAAAAAAAAGAGAAAAUGACAAGGUAAAGUAUGAAGUAACAGAAGAUGUGUACACUUCGAGAAAAAAACAACACCAGACCAUGAUGCAUUAUUUUUGUGCAUUAAAUACUCUUCAAUACAAAAAGAAAAUAGCACUGUUAGAACCUCUACUUGGGUACAUGCAAGCUCAGAUAAGUUUCUUUAAGAUGGGUUCUGAAAAUCUCAAUGAACAGCUGGAAGAAUUCUUGACUAAUAUUGGAACAAGUGUACAGAACGUUCGUAGGGAAAUGGACAAUGAUGUCGAGACCAUGCAGCAGACAAUAGAAGAUUUGGAAGUAGCCAGUGACCCCUUAUAUGUGCCUGACCCAGAUCCCAUGAAAUUUCCUGUUAAUCGAAACUUAACCCGGAAGGCUGGAUACCUUAAUGCUAGGAAUAAAACAGGCUUGGUGUCAUCUACCUGGGACAGACAGUUUUACUUCACGCAGGGUGGAAACUUAAUGAGUCAGGCGCGUGGGGAUGUGGCCGGUGGCCUGGCCAUGGACAUUGACAACUGCUCAGUAAUGGCUGUGGACUGUGAAGACAGGCGGUACUGUUUUCAGAUCACUUCCUUUGAUGGAAAAAAAUCUUCAAUUUUGCAAGCAGAAAGUAAAAAAGACCAUGAGGAGUGGAUCUGUACUAUAAAUAACAUAUCCAAGCAAAUAUAUUUAAGUGAAAACCCAGAGGAAAUUGCAGCACGAGUAAAUCAGUCAGCUUUGGAAGCUGUCACUCCUUCCCCAUCUUUCCAGCAGAGGCACGAGAGUCUGCGGCCGUCAGCACAAUCUCGGCCACUGACAGCUCGAACGAGCAGCUUGGGAUCCUUAGGAUCUGAGUCCACAAAUCUGGCUGCCCUUUCUCUAGAUUCUCUCGUUGCUCCAGAUACUCCAAUACAGUUUGACAUCAUUUCUCCCGUGUGUGAAGAUCAGCCUGGCCAAGCAAAAGCCUUUGGCCAAGGAGGCAGGCGCACAAAUCCAUUUGGAGAAUCUGGAGGAGGUACAAAAUCUGAAACUGAAGAUUCUAUUCUUCAUCAGUUAUUUAUUGUCCGAUUCCUUGGUUCUAUGGAGGUGAAAUCAGAUGACAAUCCAGAUGUUGUUUAUGAAACAAUGCGGCAAAUCUUAGCUGCCCGGGCCAUCCAUAACAUCUUUCGUAUGACAGAAUCACAUUUAUUGGUCACUUGUGAUUGUUUAAAGUUAAUUGAUCCACAGACACAAGUUACAAGGCUCACAUUUCCAUUACCCAGUGUAGUUUUGUACGCUACACACCAGGAAAAUAAGAGGCUUUUUGGAUUUGUUCUUCGGACAUCUGGAGGGAGAAGUGAAAGUAAUCUGUCAUCAGUCUGCUAUAUAUUUGAAUCAAACAACGAGGGGGAAAAGAUUUGUGAUUCUGUUGGUCUGGCAAAACAGAUAGCUUUGCAUGCAGAACUGGAUCGUCGGGCAUCAGAAAAACAAAAAGAAAUAGAGAGGGUAAAAGAGAAACAACAGAAAGAACUCAGUAAACAAAAACAAAUUGAAAAGGACUUAGAAGAACAAAGUCGGUUGAUAGCUGCUUCCAGUAGACCAAACCAAGCCAGUAGUGAGGGGCAGUUUGUUGUCCUUAGCAGUAGCCAGUCAGAAGAGAGUGAUUUGGGAGAAGAAGGAAAGAAAAGAGAGUCAGAAGCAUGAACUUAUCCUUGGUUUUUGGUUGGUAUUUCCCCCCUUGGAAUUUAUUGAGUUUCUGUGGUGAAAUGGCACAAGGUAACAACUAUGUUGAAAUAUCAAGGAGACUAUAUUGUUUUAACUUCAUUUUUUAAAAUAAGAUUGACCUUGGUCACUUAGGUUUGCAUUGAUUUUUCUUUUCCUUAAAAAUAUACUAUGCAGUAACAUCAAAUUCCAUGCGUCAAAGAGAAACCUAUUCAUCUCCUUGAAGUAGAUUGCUGAGGAAUUACACUUGCUCAGGCCUUUUUUCCUUCAAAUUGUGAACUUCUUGUCUUGCAUUGUAAUUGGCUCUGACCAUAAGAAACCUUUUAUUCUUCAGCUUCAGGUAUUCAUGGAUAUGCUCCCUCUUCUCAUUAGGAACAUUUUUGCUGGCAGUGAGGAAGCUUUUGACUGAAUCAGUUCAAAACCCUUUAUACAGAGCAUUCUACAAGUUUGCAGAUAUUUUAAUUAUUAAAUGUGCAAUAGAACUUUUAUAUAAAAUAAUUAGAAAAAAGAUUUUAGACUUAAGGUUUCAAAUUGGGGCAGGUGGUACUGUGAUUUCAGGGCACUUUCUUGGAUUGCUCACAUUUCUGAUGUAUUACAGCUGAUGCCAGUGGGAAAGAAGCUUAAGUGUCUUCAGUUCAAGGUUGAUACAGCCCGUGGCAUUUAAUCGUCACCUUCUUAGUUCUCAGGUUGGGACUUGAAUUAUUGCUGCAGAGCAGUAAUGGUUAAAAUAAGAUUUUGGAAUUUAUUAAAAGGGAUUUUUUUUGUUCAAGUACAUUUUAGAUUAGGACUUAACAUGUAAAGAUACUGUUACAGGAUAACACAUCGUAUUUUCUGCAUUGUGUGAAAUAAUUUUUAUUGAAAAUCAAGUGACAUUUCAAAAGAAAUUCUAUAACAGUUGUUUCCUGCUUAAAGUAAAAAUGCCCAGAGUUUAGUUUAGAAAAUGUAAUCUUUUAAAUUUCAGACUGAUAUGCACAGUAUUUUCAUAAUUCCAUGUUUUGAUAAAAUACUGAUCACCACUUUAUAUCCACAAAGGCAAAUAACUAAUAUAUGAGAAUAGAAUAAUUUGCACUAAUUAUUGUAAAUACUUGUACUCUCAAAUGAGUAAAAGGUCUAAUUCCAUGAAAGAUUGAAAGGAAAUUGAAUGUUUGGUUUAAGAGUGACCAAGGAAGGAUCAUUUCCCUACUGCCAUGACAAAGCUUGAUUUUUUUUAACAUUGCUGAUAGAAUUAUGUUUGUUUCACAUAUAAAACUAUGUAGAAGCAAAUACACUGAAUAAAAUACAUAGUCCUACAUCUAAAAUUUUCAGAGAUUAUCCAUUUCAAGACUAAUUAUACAAGGGAAAAGCCCUUUGUUCUUUGAUACAGUCUUUUCUUAGGUCUGAAUUAGAGACAGCGUCUGUUUUAGCUCUCACAAUACUGUGUGGCUCUUUGACACUGUACAUACAGUUUUCUGUGGAAGGGGAAAAUUAGGAUAAUGAUAUUCUUUGUAUCCAUGUGCCAAACAGGAAUAAUGAUUACUUGAUAAUUGUUAUUUUGAAGCCUUAUGUUACCAAAACAUACAGUAACAAAGUAGAAAUUUAUGGAAUACUUUUUAAAGAAAGUUGAUUUUGUGCUUUCUAGAGGGAAUGCUUUCACAAGAGUUGGUGUGUCGUUCCUUUGGUAGAAGUUGAAAUUUCUGUGGUCGCUUGAUAGUCAUGGUAUAUCCUGCUUUUAAGACCUUUUUGAGAAUUAAUAAGCUCUCUGUUUCAUAAAGUCUCUUGUUUAUGCUAUGAAGUUGUCACCUCACUUAGUUCAGAUGAAACUUGUCACCCUUCAAUGAAGGGUGGACAGCUUUAGGUGGCAGUUUUUCUAGGCUGGUGCUGUGCCUGGGAGCCAGGUGCUGCCCUUUGUUAGUACUAGGGGUCAGAAUGAAGGCUGGAGUUAAAGACAGCAGCAGACUUAGGGAUGCUGGACAGACAGACCUGUAGUUCCUUUUAAGUCAUGUUUUGAUAGGAAUUUCUACAAUAACACACCCAUUUCCACAGAUCAGACCAAAGAACAUUCCAACACCAAAUAGAAGUUGUGUGUGGAAUUAACAAUUUUAGAUAUUUCAAUUUUUGGUCCAUUGCUAUAGAACUAUACAAACUAUUCCAUACUGCAGAUAUUUAAGCAUCAACUUAAAAAAACUCACCUUUUUGUUUGAAGAAGGCUGCCCAUGGGUUUCUGCAUGUUAAAGCUGAUCUUGGUUUGUUACCCUUUGAUAUCCCUUCUGGCUCUUGGAUGCUUUGGUGGUAAUGGAAUUAGAAUUUGGGAUUGCCUUCUCAGAUUCAAACUUACACUUGAUGGUUUUAGAAGUUAACAAAAUUGAUUCUUUAAAAGAAAGUCUACCUAAUUCAACUAUGCACUCUGCUACUUAUAGGAAAACUACUUUUGUAACAAUGGUAAUGAAUAGAUAGGAAAUAAAUUACUGCUACUCCCUUUAAAAUUUUUAAAACUUGCCAACAAGGGACUGAACAGAGUCCCCAAAACCAGUCUAGUUUUUGUCAUUUCUACAAUGAUUAGUUUAAUUUCCAAAGAAUUCUCAGGCUCUAGGCAUGGUAAAACUGUUACUG